UUUGGAGGCCGUACUGAGAGCCGAGCUGCACUUUGGAUCACGAAGGAAGUGACGGAUCUCGGUGAGCGUGCGAGAGGAAUGAAAAAGUGAGGGAGCUAGAAAAACAGAAAGUAGCGCUGAAUGUAACGCUGAAGCUCAGCAUGUUGAGUGGAAGUGAGUGUUGUGUCUUAGUGCGAGCCUUCAGCAGCAGCUCACUCAGCUCUCUCCUCUAAUCUCAGCAAGGUCUCUCUCUCUCUCUCUCUCUCUCUCUCUCUCUCUCUCUCUCUCUCUCUCUCUCUCUCUCUCUCUCACCAACUUAGCGGAGUUUCAGCACUGCGCUCUGUAGCCGUUUAGAGAAUGACGGCUCCUUCACCUCAGUCUGCCCAGAGAACAUGGACGGAGAAGUGAGGAAGACAGGGCGGUUCUGAGAUAUGCCAGCGAGGUGUUUGUGUCAGGACUUUGGUGGAAUGAGCCGAACUGUACUAGCACCACUGUUUCCCCUCAGGACCUCCAGGAGGAUUAUGUGUCUUCUGUGUGAAGCCUUCUGCUGCUAUUGAAGCUUCUGGAAGCCCGUUUCUGCCCGGUCUGGUAUGUUGGUGUCACCUGGACCUCCUCUGCUGCUGCUCUGUGCCCUCCUCACCCUCCUCACCCUCACACGGUGCUCAGAGCUGAAGGUGCGAGUCCGCUUGGCUGAUGGACACAUCACAGAAGAGGUGCUGGAAGCGGACAGCGAGCAGGACUCCAUCACUCUGGAGUUCAAGCAGGCUGAUGGGACGCUCAUAACCUUUGUGGCUGACUUUAAGCAGGAUGUGAAGAUAUUCCGGGCAUUAAUCCUGGGUGAACUGGAAAGAGGACAGAGUCAAUACCAGGCCCUGUGCUUCAUCACUCGCCUCAACCACAAUGAGAUCAUCCCCAGCGAAUCCAUGGCCAGACUCCGACAGAAAAACCCGCACACCAUCCGAGCGGCGGAGGAAAAGAGGGCGACAGAGGCGGUGAGCAUGAACGUGGCUGUGAACUUGACACGGGCGUGGCAGCUGAGCACCCACCUCUACAACACGUGCAGCAUGGCCCACGAAGCUGUGUACACGCGUGAGGCUGAUGUGCGCCAUUGGCUGGACACAGGUGUGGAGGGCUCCAUGUUUGAGAUCCUGCCGCAGGGUGUGGAGGUUCCUGACCUGCAGAGCUGUCGCUCAGUGAAGGAUCUGUGGCAGCCGUGCUCCUGCAGCUACAGCCUGAGACUGGAGUGGUACCCCUGCCUGCUCAAAUACUGCCGUAACCGCGACGCCGUGGGCCGCGGCACUCCCUACAAGUGCGGCAUUAAAAGCUGCAGCAAAGGCUACAACUUCACCUACUAUACCCCUCACAAACACCUCUGCCUGUGGGAAGAAGAGACCUAGCAUUGAUGGGCUCUAUAUCUACAGCCAGGACAAUGCUUAUUUUAACAUUUCUUUCCCUUGAAAUCCUCUUAUUUAUGAUCAGGCCUCUGGAUUUCGGUUUAGCCCUGGGCCGUUUAAGAUGGGGCCGCUGAGAUUAUAUGUGGCUCCUAAAGUCUGAUGCCUUGAGUUCGAGAUAAGAUGAGGAGCAGCUUUGUCUCUGUGCAAACGGUGCCGUUCAUGUGUCCCUCCAGUACAGUUGUGCUUUUCUGGAAAUCUUUAGACCUUUUCCCGUUAAUUAGCUCUUCGAGUCACAUUAGAACUGGAUGAGCAUCUACAGAACCAACACAAACUGUUCUGUAGACCAAAACAGACUGGGAUGAGAUAACUGUGAAUCAGUCAAUAAUAAUGCAACAAGCUAGAAUCUGCCGAUUAGCUGGAUCAUGUUCAGUCAGGUUGCCGAGCUAUUUUUUUUUUUCUGAACCUGGUGUUAUUUAUUGUUUUGCUGUGGGAAAUUACUGAAGAAACUAAUGCACAUGUUUGGAAAGAAACCCGUUUCUUAUUUUCGUUGGAACACUUUGUUGCCUUGUGACAUUGUAAUCAGAUGACACUUGAGAGCGCUCUCACGUUUUGUGGAUGUUAUGGAUUCACACCAUUUUGAGAUUUUUGUUGGGGUUUUUCCCAGGUUUUGAGAUUUUUGUUGCUAAUGUUUUUGGUGCCAGCUGAAAUUCACACUUCAUCAGAUCGUUAAGUAUCUGUCCAUCACUCACAAUGAGCAGAGGGCAUUUGUCAUCACAGUCACAGAUGGUAUAUGUCCAUCUUUGCAGAUCUGUGGGCCUUUUGUUAAGUUUUUAGGGGCAUUUCAUCAGUAUUUUGCCUUUGUAGUUUAUAUAUAAGCAGCACAGAUUAAGGAUUUUUUUUCCAUCAGGGAUGUAAGCAUCUAUUUUAAGCCUUAUGAAAAACCAAAAUAAUGUCUGCAGUGCUGUGUUUUUAGUAAAACAAUACGGCAAUAUUACCGCAACAGUUGGAAGUCUUUAUCAAAUUGCACCCAACACUGCCAUCUCCUGGUUACACAGAAAAAUACUGCUAAGACUCAGACUCCGUACAGUUUAAAGGGCCCAUGUCCUACAUUUCUCUUGUGUUUUAUAUUUUAUCCUGAAUUCCUUUUAGAACAUUUGUGUUGUUUUUAUGAGCCAAAAACAGUCAUUAUUCAUUUUUUACAUGAGAAUUUCCCCAACCUCUUUAUCUCUACGAAUUAAUCAUGAUGGUUUUCUUACUGUGCCUUUAAGACUGAUGUAUGUAAAUGGACUCUGUUCUGAUUGGCUGCCCUGUUUUGUGCCUCCAAGCGGAAACACUUUCUAGAACUUAAGCAUUAAUGAGAGGAUAAACUGUUGUAGGCUGAACGGGUGGCUAUAUGUGAACACGUCAGAUUUUGUGACAUCACAAACACAGUGAUUCAGAAUGGGUUGUUUUUGCAGGUUAGUUUCCAUAAACUGUAUGGACUGUUAAGACUGAAAAGUGAACAGAACAUUUUGAGACUUUAACAGUGUUAAUAACAUUGUUAACCCUAUAAAAUCUGUGUUUCCAAUAUAUGGGCCCUUCAGCUGAAAACCGCCAAUCAGAACUAAUGAAAUUAAUAACUGUACCUCAAGCUUAAAAAGUUGACGUUAUCAAGCAGGACCAAAUUUACAACAUGAUUAUUACUGAGAGUAGGAGCUUUGCAUUUCCUUCCCAGGAGUUUGUCAGUUCUUCACAGCGUAACUUGUAUUACUGUUAAAAUAGUCGUCCAUGGUACUAAAAAAGUCUGAAUCGCUUUAACCUGUCACACAAAAUGAGGGAGUGAUGAAAGCUGACUGCCCAGUUAAGUUUAACUGACCUUAAAAGAUUAAGUGCCUUAAUGCUUCAGUGUUUACUGAUUCUUUUAUGGAUAAACAUAAAAUAAAGAAAUAAAGUGUCAAAAUUAUUUUUCUAUGAAAAUGUUGGAUACAAAUAUGAAUGUGAAGUAAUAAUUUGAAAUAAAAUUUAUAUUCCGUAAAUGACAAA